AUGGCCAACAGAGCCCAAAGCCUGAAAGAUCAGAUAGAUAAAGUGCUUCAGGACCGAAAAUCAAAAGUAAUCUGUUUAAAAACAAAGUUACAAAACACGUAUAGAGCAAUAAGCAAACAAAUGAUUAGCUUACAGGAGCAUGUGAAAAGUUAUGAGCAGACAGAAAAUAGAGCAGUAGAAUUUUUCUUGUUCCAAAAGAAGAUUCCUGUCCCCAAGUUGACGUUCACUUCUUCCAUGCUUACCCUUCUAACUACUGAAAACAAAAUCAAGAAAGAGGGUGUGAUUGCAUCACUUGUAGAAAUUAGUAUUACAGAAAUUGGGAAAAGAAAAGUAAGAAGAAGACGAUUAUUGAAAAUGUCAACAGAUUUAUCGAAGGAAUCCUUAAGAUUGACAAGUGUUCGAUUUGUGGACCACAUUUCUUGUGUGACGUCAAACCGGAUGUGGGUGAGUGAUGAUAAUAAUCUAAUUUUAGCAGACCUAAGAGGUGACACUUUAUGUCACCUUACAAACAUAGAUAGCGGCAUCUUUAGCUACGGAUUACACACGGUUACCAGUGAUGGAGAUCUUAUCUAUAUAGACAAGGAUUCAGCCAUCAGCAAACUUGGAACGUGCAUCAAAACAAAAUCUAUCUUGACGAAUACGACGGAAGCAUGGAAACCGCGUUGUAUCUUUUGCUCCCAUUUCAACGGAGAUAUUCUUGUCGGAAUAGAGAAACAUAAGGCGGACGAAGGCAAUGUUGAUCGAUACAGUGGUACAGGAGAACUCAUUCAAAGCAUUAUUUACAAUAGAAAAGGUCGGAAUCUGUAUAAACUUCCUAGCUAUAUUACAGAGAAUCAUAACGGUGAUAUAAUAGUGUCAGACCAGGGACUAGAAGCCUUAGUAGUGACGGACCAAUAUGGAAGGCGUCGCUUUUCCUACACAGGGCCGCCUGGGUACCCGCUAUCACCUCAUGGUGUCUGUGUAGACCCAUUCCUACAUAUCAUAGUCUGCGAUUCUAACACCAGGACAGUGCAGAUGAUGGACAUGAAUGGUCACUUUUUAGAAUGGCUACGGACAGAAUCAGACGGGAUAAGUGUACCAUGCGGACUGAGUUAUGAUGAAAGGAAUCACCUUCUUAUGGUGGGGUCAUGGAACAGCAACACAAUGUGUGUUUACAAAUACAUCCAGACAUCAAAGUUUCUAACAGAUAUUUAA